AUGGAGAGAAAACCUUCCUGCAGCAUUAUAAACAUCAGCAGCAGUGAUUGGGAAGAAAAUAGACAGGUAAGUCCCAUCAAACUCUCCAGCAACAACUUGGAGAGAAAAACUUCCUGCAGCAUUAUUAACAUCAGCAGCAGUGAUUGGGAAGAAAAUAGGCAGGUAAGUAUUAAAUGUAAGAACCACAGCGAUGGCGAGGAGGAAAGGAAGAAAAAGAGGAUGAAAGUCUCCACUAACAUCAGGAAGAGGAAAAGAAGCAGCAGUAGCCUCACUGACAACAGCAGCGAUUGGGGAGUAAAUAGUGGAGAAAAGUUUAAAAAGGUGAGUAUUAAAUGUAAGAACCACAGCGAUGGCGAGGAGGAAAGGGAGAAAAAGAGGCAAAAACUCUCCAGUGACAUCAGGAAGAGGAAAAGAAGCAGCAGUAGCAUCACUGACAACAGCAGCGAUUGGGGAGUAAAUAGUGGAGAAAAGUUUAGGAAGAGAAAAAGCGGCAGCACAGACAGCAGCGCUGGAGAAGGAUGCAGCCAGAGGCCCUGUGUUCAGGUCAGGAGGCCCCUCGCUUUGGACAUCACAAGCUACACAUUCCAUCGUGUACUUGGACGGGGUACAUUUGGCAAAGUCAUGUUGGCUUCCACACCUACCAACAGUCAACAAGUGGCCAUUAAGGUCAUCGUGAAGAAGCCACAGAUGGCGAACAGACAGAGCAUUCUGCGGGAGGCACGAGUGCUAAGGGUUGCUGCUGGGCACCCAUACCUGUGCCAUAUGCAUGCAGCCUUUCAAACACAGAACUACGCCUUCAUCGCUAUGGAGUUUGCCAGUGGAGGAAGCCUUAAGGAUCUUCUCAAGAAGGAACACCACCUGAAAACCAGACAAGUGAUCUUCUACUCUGCGGAGAUGGUGUGCGGCCUGCAGUAUCUUCACUCUCGUGGAAUUAUCCAUUGUGAUCUCAAGCCCGACAACAUACUGAUAAGCAGCGAGGGUCACAUCAAGAUUGCAGACUUCGGCCUGGCAGUGGAACAUGUCUUUGGCCACGACACAACCUGCGGCUAUAGAGGAACACCUAAGUACAUGGCUCCAGAGGUGCUAGCAGACCAGCGAUAUAAUGCGGCGGUGGACUGGUGGGCAUUUGGCAUUAUUCUGUGCCAAAUGGCCACUGGGUGGUACCCAUUUGAUGACAAACACGGGGAUGCGGCAUUGAGACACUCCAUCCUUGAGAAUAGGGCCAAAGUUCCAGCCUGGACUCCCUCCAAAUUAGUCAUCCUCCUUCGAAAGUGUUAA